UCUGUGUGUGUAUGUGUAUGUUUGUGUUAAAUCUGUGGUCAGUUCCCUUUUGAACCUCGAUAAAGCAAACUACAACUGGGCUAAGUAAAGACAACACAAAAAAAAAUCAACAAAAAAAAUUGAGAAAAUAGGAGUGGCCGCAGCAUGUCUACAGUGUGACCCUGUAUAACCAACGCCAAAAACCAACUUGUAACAGCUAGCAAUGACUAACCACAAACCCCAAGCUGCCGUUGGCGAUCCAUUAAAUACGAGUAGCAUCGAUAUCGAUUCGCUGUGGUCAUCCUCAUCCUCAUCCGCCUCAUCCUCGCCGUCGUCGUCGUUUAGCAAUCUCGAUGAAAUCAAUCAAAGUGUGGAGUUUCAAUGCCUGAUGCAGGAGCAUUUGGAGGCAACGACCUAUGGCAAUUUGAGUGACCAUUGCCUAACACAAUUUGAUUCUAUUCUCUGUUGGCCACGCACUGCACGUGGCACAUUGGCGGUCCUGCAAUGUAUGGAUGAGUUGCAGGGCAUUCACUAUGAUAGCAGCAAAAAUGCCACACGAUUUUGUCAUGCGAAUGGCACUUGGGAGAAAUAUACAAAUUAUGAUGCCUGCAUGCAUUUACCUGCACCGGAGACGGUCCCCGAGUUUGAGGUCAUUGUGGAGCUACCAACAAUAAUCUAUUAUAUUGGCUAUACCAUCAGUUUGGUCUCUCUCACAUUGGCCCUCAUUGUAUUCGCCUAUUUCAAAGAGUUACGUUGUCUGAGGAAUACAAUUCAUGCCAAUUUGUUCUUCACCUAUAUAAUGUCAGCUUUAUUUUGGAUUCUACUGUUAUCUGUGCAGAUUUCCAUACGCAGUGGUUUGGCUAGUUGCAUAGGUUUGGUGACCUUAUUUCAUUUCUUUACUUUGACUAAUUUCUUUUGGAUGCUUGUCGAGGGUUUAUAUCUAUAUAUGCUGGUGGUCAAGACUUUCUCUGGUGACAAUAUACGCUUUAACAUUUAUGCCUCCAUUGGCUGGGGUGGUCCAGCCUUGUUUGUCAUCACGUGGGCGGUUGCCAAAAGUCUGACAGUCUCUUUGCACACAGAAAAGUAUGACAUCAAUUGCCCCUGGAUGGAGGAGACCAAUGUGGAUUGGAUAUUCCAGGGUCCUGUCUGUUUGGUACUCAUCAUCAAUUUAACCUUCCUGCUGCGCAUCAUGUGGGUCCUCAUCACCAAGUUACGUUCGGCCAAUACCGUGGAAACUCGUCAAUAUCGCAAAGCUGCUAAAGCUUUGCUGGUUCUCAUCCCACUCUUUGGUAUCACCUACCUGGUGGUUUUGGCGGGGCCAUCUGAAUCUGGUCUGAUGGGUCACAUGUUCGCCGUACUACGUGCUGUAUUACUGAGUACACAGGGCUUUUCCGUUUCGCUUUUCUAUUGUUUUCUCAACUCGGAAGUGCGAAAUGCUUUAAGACAUCACAUCUCAACAUGGCGGGACACGCGAAACAUUCAGCUCAAUCAGAAUCGACGCUACACAACCAAAAGUUUCUCUAAGGGUGGUGGCUCUCCGCGAGCUGAAAGCAUGCGCCCACUGACCAGCUACUAUGGCCGCGGAAAGCGCGAAUCCUGCGUCAGUUCAGCCACCACCACCACCCUAGUGGGUCAACAUGCGUCCCUAGCUGUACAUCGUGGUUCCAAUAAUGCUUUACAUAUGCUACCCACAUCGGGCUGUAAUAAUACCACAUCGGGUAGUACUCUAAGUGUAAUGCCCAGAGCCAUUAGCCCACUUAUGAAGCAAGGACUCGAGGAGAAUUCUGUUUAAGGAGUGAAAUCUCAGCUUUUAUGCUGUUCCUUUUUACUAGGCAAGAUUUUUAGCAAAUUUGGCAAAACAAUGAAUCUAAAGAGACUGAACUUUAAAUUUGUAAUUUUUGUUUUAACCUUUUUGUUUUCAUUUCCAACUGGAAACGAGUUUACGGAGUAGUUAACUAUUAAUGAAAGGCCCGACCCCCCCAAUAAAUGAUUCAAUGUUUGAAAACUGUUUGAUGUUGUAAAGCGACUGUCCCGUAUUAUUACCGCCCCACCACCCCCCUUUGACCUCUUUCAAAUACAUAUGUGUAUAUAAGUAUAAUUGUAUGAACAAAAACUAUAGCUGUUAAAUGUAAUUUAUUGUGCAAAACGAAUUCUAUAGACAAAAACACAACUCAUACAGAAAAUAUAACUACA